AUUCAGGUCGAGUCACAGAUAUUAGUUCAGAAAUAAAAGAUUUGUUAAGAGGUAAGGACGAGCAUGGAACUCACUGCGCCAGUUCAAUUGUGCACAAUAAUCCAAUAAUUAUGAAGCCAUUGAGCUGAACUGUAAGGGUUGGAACUCGAUACAUUUUGUGAUAACUGCAUAAAUUAUAAGUUCUAAAAAUGGGAGCCGACCUUUCAUAUCCACAAGUUGAAAUAUCACCUGAACGAACGUAUAUAGUCACAGGUGGAAAUACUGGUAUUGGAUUCAAUGUCGCCAAAGAAAUUGCUAAAAUGCGCGGCCAUGUAAUUAUUGCCUGCAGAAAUAUGAGUAAAGCGGAAGCGGCUAUCAAACAGAUGCAGGAUGAAUACGAGAAAGAAUUGAAAGAAAAACAAGAAAAUGUUCAGGAAUCAAACAGAACAGAACCAAAACUAUUGAAUGUUGAAAUGAUGGAACUAGAUUUAGCAUCUUUUGAUAAAACAAUGAAAUUUAUAGAAGAAUUUAAGGACAGACAUUGUCCUUUACAUGUUUUGGUUUGUAAUGCUGGAUUAGCAACUGCCAGUAAAGUAAUGACAGAUGAUGGAUAUGAAAUGAUGUUACAGUCCAACUAUUUAUCUCAUCUUCUUAUUACUCUACAUUUUCUACCAAUUCUACAGAAAUCUGGUGACGAUGUUAGAAUCGUCAAUGUAGCUUCAGAUGCUUAUCAUUUUGGAAAAUUUGACCCCAGAAAUUUGAAUUGCGAACGAUCAUUUGGGAACCUGGCUACUUACGGAAAUUCUAAACUUUUUCAGAUUAUGUCUACAUUGUGGUUGAGUCGACAUUUUAAAGACACGGCUGUAUCGAUAACUUCCUGUCAUCCUGGUCUUGUUAAAACACAACUGUCACAGGCUACUGCUAUGGGUCGUUUUUUUAGCAAAUUUAAUGCCAGAACUCCACUAGAAGGUGCUGCAACUAUUAUCAAGGCUGCUACAGACCCUGGGUUUAAGGGUGUAACUGGUGUAUAUAUAAAAGAUUGUAAAGUAAUCUCCACUACAUCUUACGUGCGGAGUGCUGAGAUAGAGAAACAACUGAUAGAUUACAGUUUAGAAACAUUAUCUAAAUAUUUACCACAAAAUCUAAAAGAUUAUAUAGAUUAUGAAGAUCAAGGUUCUACAUAAUCUACAUGCACAAAUAUAGCUUGUACCGUUAAACAAGUUGUUAUCCUCUUUCGAAACGCUGCGUGUGUUGGAGUUAAUGAAACAUCGCGGUGUAUUUGUAUAUCGAGUGCGGCUGACAAUUUACGGGACCUCAUGCUUUGAACAAAAACAACUAAAAAUCAAAGGCGGCGAGUGUCGUGAACCUGGAUAUUACUAAAACCAAUCAGUAGCGGAUUAACACAGGUAGUAUGAUUACGUGUAAAAUCAUCCUCGGUUACCCAGUGUACUCAUUCCGUUCUACUCCACUAUACCCUGGGUUAAUCUAUGGGAGAGACACGUUUUCAAGUUUUUGGAAAAGGAAGUUGGCAAAGGGAAGUAACAAUCAUCGGACAAUGUUAGGCGUUGGCCUAUUCUAAAUGCGUAAUUAUUAACAACCAAUUAUAUAUCAUGUUAAUGAAGAUCAGACGUUCAUAUGAUAAUGUAGGGUCAUUAGUUUUAUUUAGAAUCGUCCGUUCCCGGAAUUUUAUGUCUACGUGAUAUCGUUGACACAUUAGUGUGAAUCAAAUUGCCAAGUAUAGGCUCAAUAAUAAUAAACAAAACAGAAUGACAUAUUUCAGACAAAGAACGAAUAGUAAUAAUAAUAACAAAAGUCAAACAUAUAGAUGUUAUACAUAUUUGAAAUCAACAACACAUACUACAGAUUUCGAUAAUACAAUUAAAUAUAGAUAAAUUAUAAAUAUAUACGUUAUUAACAUAAAUCAUUCAGUAAAUGGACAUGAAUAUGGUUAUCUACCCUUAUAAAACGAAGGCGAAACGAUUGGUUUGUAAACUGUUUUCUGAUUGGUUCGUAGACUGUAGCUACAUUCUAGGCCAGGGCAGAUAAUUUGAAAUCGUGGAAACCCUAUGGAUUAACCCAGGGUAUAGUGGAGUAGAACGGAAUGAGUACACUGGGUAACCGAGGAUGGUGUAAGAUACGAAAUCUUGAACGAGGAGUUUUAUAGGCUGAAUAAUAGAGACUAGUGACUGGGGAGUCCCCUGGAUGUAAUAAAAGUAAGCAAAUGAAAGGAGGUGGGGUUUAACGUCCUACUGUUCAGCUACGACUGGGCUAAUAAAAGAGCACAAGUCCCAAGAUUGUAUUUCAUUCUUACUUUCGUUGCAUGCUCUGUUUGUCAACUGUUCACAUAAUUAUUCUGUAUAUAUUUGUCAACUAUUCACAUAUUCAGGAUAUAUUUGUCAACUAUUCACAUAUUCUGUAUAUAUUUGCCAACUAUUCACAUAUUCUGGAUAUAUUUGUCAACUUUUCACAUAUUCUGGAUAUAUUUGUUAACUUUUCGCAUAUUCUGUAUAUAUUUGUCAACUUUUCACAUAUUUGUAUCAUUUGCUUGAUAACAACGAGGGUAUCCUCCUGGAAACGUCGCAAAGUUUUAAACUAAGUAAUUGUGUAUCAAUAUUAUUGUACUUGUGUUAGUCACUGGGUGUUGUCCUAUUCAGUACCACCUCUGGCUGGACAGAUAUACCAGGCGUAAAUAAAACCAUGUGAAUCCUGUUUAUAAAUAUCACAUAUUUCCA